AUGGGUUGUCACUACAGCAAAAAUUGUGGCCAGGUCCCCCGGAAAAGGAAAAAAAAUAAUAAAGCACAAGAAGGUGAGAAGCACAUAAAGGACAUCAAACUUCAAGAUGCAAGUGUUACACACUCUUCUGAGGAGCAACGCGCUGGUUUGGAGAAUCAGUUGGAGACUUAUGAGUGGCAGCUAAAGAUACUACAUGCAGUUUUGACUGCUUCAGGAGACCAGGAGAGAGAGCAGCUCCUCAAGGACCGUCCUGGAGACAUUUGCACUUUAGUCCACAGCAUUACAGAGAAGGUAAAGACUGAGAUAACCGCUGAUCUAAAUGAUCUCCAUGAAAAACAGAUGAGGAGCACCUUAGAACGGCAUCAGAGCACAACUGAAGAGCUACAGCGAUUACACAAUGAAGAGAAGAACGUUUUAAAUGAGUCGCAUGCAGCAGCUGAGAAUGCUUUGAAGGAUCAGAUUGAAGGGCUGACAUCAGAGCUGAAGCUGUUCAACGAGUUAAAGCGCAGAGCGGAGGAGUCCACACUCAAGAGAGACCUUCAGAGAAAUAUUGAGACUCAUGGCAGCCCUGGUGAAUUCUGGGAGCAGGAGCAGGAGAGCCUGUUAUUUGUCAUUGAAAUGAAGCUUGAGCGGUUGCAGGACCAGGGGAACAAGCUGCUGCAGAUGGAAACACUGGUAGAGAAGAAUCUCUCAUUAGAGGAUCAGCUCCUGCAUGUUCUCCAGCAGAAUGAGGACUACAGGGUCCGGAUAGAAAACUACCAGAGCCUCAUACAACGACUGUCCAAGGAGCAGAAUGAGCUGCAGGAGGCGCUAGAGAAACGUUCUCUGCAGAACCAGAAGCUCAGCCAGGAGAAAGAAGAGCUGCUCUUUAAGCUCCUGCACCGCAGAGACUCGUGCUCCUCCUUUCACCUUCCUUCAGUCAUACCCACUGAGGUGUCUCCCAGCUGACUCAACAUUAAGCCUCGUCACUGUAUCCUCACCCUGCCUGGCCGAGGUGCCUUAGCAGCGCUUUUGUUUUUUUAAAUGCCAGUUUAUUAUGGAGUGCUGUGAACAUGCAGUGCUGAAAUGGACUUGCACUGCAUUUAUCAUUUUAACUGGCAAAACAAAUAUUUUUGUACAUUUUAUUUGAAGAUGAUGCUUAUCAGGAAUUUUUUUUUUUUUUUGGCUGCA